AUGAUGAGGGCUGCGGUCCUGUGGGGCCUGCUGGUCGUCCUCUGUCAGCACACUCUGGUGAGCGGACACGUACUGGGACGGCCGUCCGCGACCAGUGACCUCGCCCAGCUCAAGUCCUUGCUGCAGCGUUUCGAGGAGACUCUGGCAGAAGCGGCCCAGGAGGAGGAAAACCCUGCAACAGAUUAUGAAGGAACAAACACGGAGCCUGAAAACAGCCAAACCAGCCGAGGAUGGAGCCCGGAGCUGGAGGUGGAGCAGGAAGCACUGAUACCAGAAAGAUCUCAGUCAGCAGCUGAGGGCCACAGCCGGGCGGCGGCAGCGAGCGUGAGGAGCCGCCUGCAGGACCUGCUGCUCAGCGCCAGGAAACGGACCUCGGGAUGCUUCGGAGCAAGGAUGGACCGGAUAGGAAACGCCAGCGGACUGGGAUGCAACAACGGAAGAGGUAGGAGACGAAAUCUUUGA